UAUAUAUACCACCCGCGGAGGAAGCUCCUCAGUCGCGUGUCAGGACAGCCGAGCUUAAUUUUUUGUUAAGAUCCCGCGAGCCACGUGAUCAGUGAACUUUUCAACAGCUCUUUGGAUUAACGCGAUGGCCAGAGAAAUUACAAUGAUCCUUGCAUCCAUAACCCUGCUCUCAUGCGCCUACCUGGCCCUAUCGAGCCCUUACGGCUUCGGACAGGAUCAGGGGCGCGGUAACUACGGAGGUCAGCAAGGUGGCGGCGGCGGGUGGGGCUCCAUGGGGGGCUACGGGGGCAGUCAGAUGGGCGGCUACCGUGGCGGGAGGGGCGGUUUUUCCGGUGGUGGCGGCGGCAACUCCGGCUCUUUCGGGCAGGGCGGCUAUGGCGCCAACACCUUCGACGACGGAAACAGCUACGGCUACGACUGGAGGAUCCCCGGUGGACAGGCGCACUUCAAAGGAUACAGAACCGGCAGAAGUGGAGGUCAAUACGGUGGUGGUGACUCAGGAUACGGUGGCGGAAGAGGAGGUAGAAGUUACGGUGGCGGCAGCAACUUCAUGGGGCACAAUCAAAACUACAGAUCAAACUCUAAUUAUUGAAAAUAAAUACAUGAUUGAACAAUGAACUGUGUGGGUUGUCAAUGAGUCGAUCAGAUGCAUCAAUAUGGCUACGUCCGAUACCUACACCGUCCAGCUUUGCGUUAAUUUUCUCUGAUCAUUAUUUCAAAAAUAAUGUGUAAAAACCAAAUUUUUAUAUAUAACUUCAAGAAGGCACACCUUCCGCUCAAGUGCAAACCACCUUCGCAUACUUAAAAGCUCAUGAAAAUCUCAAUGAUGGUGGUUUUAAUAGUAGAUGCGCUACUCGUCAGAAAGGAGUGCAUUUUAAAGCGAUGAAAAUAAUAUUUGACUGUGAUUUCAAAUUAAUGGGUAGACUUAUAGAAAAAAGAAAGAAACAAUCCAGAGGGGGAGUGAAGUUACUCAAUUCAUACUCAGCAGUUUUACUCAGCGACUAUAGAUUUCCUAAGAACUUUUCAAACUAUUUAUUUGGCCAAAAGACCACCGUGAAAUAUAUUCUUAUCGUUUUAAUGUUUCAUAUUCAUAAAAAAUUUUAAAGAGAGAUAGAAAUUUUUAAAAUAACGAUAGAACUUUAAAACAUUUUAGUUGACUUCACUCCAACUUUAGACGGUUUUCAAAGUGACAUAAUACUCACUAUCCUUUUCUACAUUUAAAUUUUUGUAUUCGAAGUGUACAUAAUUACAAUCGCUGAUUGAUUCUUCUUCAAUUAUUUUUUUUACGAAACUAUUUAUUACGUCAUAGUUCUCGGUCUUAACGUUCAAAACUGACGAGUUGAUCUUGUGAAUGUAUGUUGAGACACGUGUAUAUUUUUCUUUUUUUGUAUGAAAAAUGAAAGAAAGACAUGGUUUUUGUAUUAAAAGUAUUUAUUACA